AGUGCGAUGUUGUUAGUUUUUGUCCCUAGUCAUCCACAGCAUCACGUCUCGUGCGGACCGCAGUGGUGAUGGUGGUGGUUGUACAAAUUGGGCUUGCCCUACUGGUGGUGAUCCUCACGAUCAACUAUCUGCUGGUGCGGCAAAACAUAAAGUAUGGCAGACACAUCCCGGGACCGGUUCCGCUGCCGAUAGUGGGCUGCUUCUACCUUUACAUUAAUUUAAAGCCCGAAGGUACGCGACGGUUGGUUUGGGGGAGUGGUGGAAGAAGUUUCGCAUCUUCGUGUAGUUUUAAGAGAACGGCCAUGGGAUGAAUGCGGAAGCUUGUGAGGAAAGAAGUUCAGAACAAAGGGCAAACUGGAAGGUGUGUCUUUGGUAGCAUCAUCAACAUCAAUAGCAACAUCAACAGUUCUAGUGCGUGUGUUCAGUGAGGUGUGCAAGUGGGGCUUGUUAUCACGUUGCGAGGCAAAUAGGCCUGUAAGUUAGCGCACACUCGUGGCAUAGAAGCAGUUUGAUUGAUGGUGUUAGGUGUUGAAUCAUUGAUUGUGUACAUCAUCGACUUCGUAUCGGACCUGCGGAAACGGUACGGCAACUUGUUCCGCGUCUGGAUCGGCAACCGGUUAGCGUUGUUCUGCACCAACGUGAAGUACAACGAGACGGUUCUGAGCAGCCAGAAGCUGAUCCGCAAGAGCGAGCUGUACAAAUUCCUCAUCCCAUGGCUGGGCGACGGGCUGCUGCUGAGCACGGGCCAGAAGUGGUUCAGCAAGCGUAAGAUCCUUACGCCCGCCUUUCACUUUAAGAUCCUCGAUCAGUUCAUUGAGGUGUUUCACAAGCAGAGCAGCAUCCUGGCGGACCGGUUGCGGCCGGAAGCGAACGGGCAGCUGGUGAACAUCUACCCAUUCGUGACGCUGGCGGCGCUGGACAUCAUCUGCGAAACGGCCAUGGGUACCUCGAUCAAUGCACAGACCGAUGCUGAUUCGGCCUACGUGAAAGCGAUCACGGAGCUGAGCCUGGUGCUUACGGGCAGGUUCGUGAAGGUGUGGCAGCGUGUUGACUUUCUGUUCAAUCUGUCCCCGGACAAGCGGCGCCAGGAUCGGAUCAUUAAGGUGCUGCAUGAUUUCACCACGAAGAUCAUACAAUCGCGCCGCCGGGAGUUGAUGGAGCAGGGUGGUGGUGGAACGGUCGAGGAUGAAGAUAUGGCCGAUUUGGGGACGAAGCGUCGGAUGGCCUUUUUGGACGUGUUGCUGCAGGCCACCAUCGAUGGGCGCCCGCUGACGGACAGGGAAAUACAGGAGGAGGUGGACACGUUCAUGUUCGAGGGACACGAUACGACCACGAUUGCCAUAUCGUUCACGUUGCUGCUACUCGCACGCCAUCCGGAGGUGCAGGAACGGGUGUACCGGGAAGUGGCGGCGAUAGUGGGUAAUGAUCCGGCCACACCGGCGACUCACCGGAAUCUGCAGGACAUGAAGUAUCUGGAGCUGGUGAUUAAGGAAUCGCUUCGUCUGUAUCCGCCGGUACCGAUCAUCGCCCGUCGAUUCACCGAGAAUGUUGAGUUGGGAGGAAAAAUAGUACCGGAGGGGUCCAAUUUUAAUAUCGGCAUCAUGCACAUGCACCGCGAUCCUACCUUGUUUCCCGACCCGGAACGGUUCGAUCCUGAACGGUUUGCGCCCGACCGAACGAUGGAGCAGUCAAGCCCGUACGCCUACGUUCCGUUCAGUGCUGGACCACGCAAUUGUAUCGGUCAAAAGUUUGCCAUGCUGGAGCUGAAAAGUACCGUGUCGAAGGUGAUUCGGCACUUUAAACUGACUGCAGCCGGUCCGGAACCAAAGCUAACGAUGCAGCUGACGCUGAAGCCACGAGACGGUCUGUAUAUUGGAUUCGUUCCACGUGGAUAG